AGUUACAUCGUAGCGAGUACAGAACAAGCGGGGGACCAGCCGCAAAACCUUAACUGUUCUCGUGACAUGAUGCCUGACGUCUCAAAUCGAAAGGAGGGAAAAUGACGGCUCAGUAUCACUACGGCAGUUCAGGUCAAAAUCUCAUUGACGAAGCAGAAGAAUAUGCUACCUGUGAACGAAAAACAAACGACAAUCAGCCCCUUCCCAAAGUAGGUGGAAUUGUGGAGUUCAAACCCAGCUACAUUGUAAAUGGUCAUCACAAGGUCCUGUGGAACAAAAACGGUCGAACCGUUUACACAAAACACUGCGUCCACUUGGAACUCGAAGGUGAAAUAUUUGUAAGGCAGCCUGGAUACUACAUCGUUUCGUCGCAGCUGAAUAUACGGCCUCGAAAAGAAACACGCGAACCGAUGAAUGAAACCAGACCAACGAGAUUCAGUCAUCAUGUUGAUCUUCUUUCACACAAAUAUGGAACGACUGAUGUCUUGAUGCAAACCAAGAAAUCAAGAAAUGGUGGUUAUUUUACAAGUUUUCUGUCAGCGGUUUUCAAACUGAACAAAUAUGACAGGCUCUCUGUGUCUGUAUCCAAUCCUAAAUUGCUCGACAUUGACAAUUCCAACGAUUAUUUACUACACUUACGAUCUGCCAAACUGAAGUAA